UCUCGGUGUGUCUGCCAGGGGACAGCCCUGGGGCGAGGGGUGUGGCCGGGUCUUGGGUGUCUGUUGGUGCUGAUGGCUGGUGACCCUGUUGAACAGGGGCUGUGACUUGCGUCUGCUGCAAGUACAGGUCUGGGUGGGUGUGACUGGCAGAGCCGGUGUGUGGCUGUCCUGGGUGUCCAGUGGUAGGAGCUGGUGGUUGACCUGCUGGGUCUCACGGUUCCCAGGAGUGCCACUCCCGAGCCGUGGAGUGCACCUGUGGACCCGUCCUGUAUUGUUGGGGAGUGUCUUCAGGUGGCCUGAGGUGACUGGUCCUCAGUGCUGAGGGUGUUGGGGGUCAUUGCAGGAGCUGCAUUUUGAGGUGUUGAGGAAGUGGUUGGUAACUGAGGCCCCACUCAGACUUGCCCGCAGCAUUGCAGUGCCCCCGCGCACAGCCACAGGGACCUCUGGCCCGCCCCCUCCACCUUCUCCCUUCCUCCAGGCCUGGCCAGGUCCCGCCCCUCCCCCCUCCAUCCCUCAGUCCUCCAGAGGGUGCCGCAGGAGGGGUGCUGGGACAGGGCACAGGUGAGGCCGCAGUCUGUCUGUCCAAGGUGCAUCUUUGUGUCUUGGGGUCCCACAAGUUGCUCCACUCGCCCUAAAGCCGUGUGCAGAGGCUGGCCUCAGCUCCAGGCCUCCUGGCUCCCCCAGGGGCCCCAGCCUCCCCCCUUCUCCUCCAAGGGUGUGACUCCUGUUGCCCUGGCCUGGGCUUAAGCCCCUGUGUAAAUAGUGGGCGGAUCCCCUGGCCAGGCUGGGCCUGACCCAAGCCAGUCCACCCAAGGCACUGACCACAACCCCCGUCUGGACACUCGGAGGUUCUGGCAGGUCGGGAUGGUUGCUGCCCCCCACCACAUGCUGGACCAGCCCCCCAAACCUCAAACUGGGUGGGGAGAGCACUACCCCCUGCAGCCCGCCCAGCUCGCCCUGGGCGACACUCAUAUUUUCCAGUGUUUAGAUUUUAUCCACUUUAUUAAUGAGGCAGGCAAGAGGCCCGAGCCUGGGGGGAGAGGGGCUGCUCCCGCCCCGCUGGGAGGAGGGGGCCACAGAACCAGGCCAACUCCCAGGAGCCUCCCCCUCCAGAGCGGGAGCGGCCCGUGCUCUCUCCGCCCACUGCCAGCGGACAGAGGGGUCCCUGCCACUCCAGGUCCCCAGCAGGCCUACAAGGGGUGGAGCAGUCCCUGGAGGCCAACAGGGCUGCGGGUGGAGGCCAGGAGCGCGGAGCCGCCCCAGGAAGAGGGAGGGAGGGAGCGGCCGCCGCAGAGCCAGGCGCAGCGGGUGUGGGCAGCCAGGCCUGAGCGGUGGGCCAUGGGGACCCGGCGUCCCAGGCUGCACUGGCCCUCCCAGCGCCUGACAUGAGUCCUUGCGGGCCCCUCAACCAGAGCCUGGCCGGGGAGGCGACCACGUGCGCGGCCCCCGGAGUCCCCAACGUGUCGGCUGUGCAGCCCUCGGGCGGUCCGGGAGGGUCACCGGUGCUGCCCAUCUUCUCCAUGACGCUGGGCGCAGUGUCCAACGUGCUGGCACUGGCGCUGUUGGCCCAGGCCGCAGGCCGCCUGCGGCGCCGCCGCUCGGCCGCCACCUUCCUGUUGUUCGUCGCCAGUCUGCUGGCCAUCGACCUGGCGGGCCACGUGAUCCCGGGCGCGCUGGUGCUGCGCCUGUACGCUGCGAGGCGCGCACCGGCCGGUGGAGCCUGCCACUUCCUGGGCGGUUGCAUGGUCUUCUUCGGUCUGUGCCCGCUGCUGCUGGGCUGCGGCAUGGCAGUGGAGCGCUGUGUGGGUGUCACAUGGCCUCUGCUCCACGCGGCGCGCGUCUCGGUGGCCCGCGCGCGCUUGGCGCUGGCUGCGCUGGCUGCCGUGGCCUUGGCGGUGGCGCUGCUGCCGCUAGCACGCGUGGGUCGCUAUGAGCUGCAGUACCCUGGCACCUGGUGUUUUAUUGGCCUCGGGCCACGCGGUGGCUGGCGCCAGGCAUUGCUCGCAGGUCUAUUCGCGGGCCUCGGCCUGGCCGCAUUACUGGCUGCGCUAGUGUGCAACACGCUCAGCGGCCUGGCCCUACUGCGCGCCCGCUGGCGCCGCCACUCGGGACGUUUUCCCCAGGCCUCCCGCCCGGAUAGCCGCCGACGCUGGGGGGCCCGAGGACUCCGCUCGGCCUCCGCCUCGUCUGCCUCGUCCAUCACUUCGGCCUCCCCAGCUCUCCGCAGUUCCCGGGGUGGAGGCUCAGCGCGCAGAACCCGCGCCCACGACGUGGAGAUGGUGGGCCAGCUCGUGGGCAUCAUGAUGGUGUCCUGCAUCUGCUGGAGCCCGCUGCUGGUGUUGGUGGUGCUGGCCAUCGGGGGCUGGAACUCCAACUCCCUGCAGCGGCCGCUAUUUCUGGCCGUGCGCCUGGCCUCCUGGAACCAGAUCCUGGACCCCUGGGUAUACAUCCUGCUGCGCCAGGCUGUGCUGCGCCAAGUGCUUCGCUUUCUGCCCCCAAGGGCUGGCGCCAAGGGCGGCCCCGCGGAGUUGGGCCUAACCCCGAGCACCUGGGAGGCCAGCUCUCUGCGCAGUUCCCGGCAGAGCGGUCUCAGCCACUUCUGAGUGCGCCCGAAGGCUAAGACAGCCCAAAGUGUUCAGCGCAGGGCCUUUGAGGAAUAUGGGGUUAUGGCCCGUCGAGGCUGCAGCACACACUGGGGCCGCGUGGGGGCGGCAGAGGCUCCGCGUGCGCCUCGGGACCGCUGCAGCUCCGAGACUUGCCACGCGAGGGCGCGGCACCCGCCGCUCGGUCAUCAAGCUGGGAAUCCCGACGCCGAGCCAGAGUCACAGGAGCAUGCGCAUCAUGCCAAGGCCGCAGCUCCUUGGGAGACUAGCGCAGAGUGUUGGGGGGCGGAUACUUUCGGUCGCUGCGGUCGCCAAGACGGACUUUUACAACCAUUCUGUCCAUUAUGACCCUGAGCUCCUCACAAACAGCCCCAAGACGCUAUCCCCAACCCACGCACCAUCGCGCCUCGAAUUCCAAAGCCCCCAGCACGACCGAUGCCCCUCCCAUCGCGGCUUCCCACUCCCCCACCAGCCCUGAGUCCCACCCCCCUUGACCCUCUUCAAAUGACCCCCAUCGGUCUGCCCCAUCUCCAAGCACGCCCACCACCCCCAACCCCAGUGCAGCGCACAAGAAGGGACAGGACGCAGGGCUGGGGCACACCCCAAAGGCCUUUUUAAAAACUAAGAGCUCGGGGGCAGGGGAGGGGAAUGGGCUAGCAGCCGCCGGCCACGAAGUCGAAGUCCCGGAAAGCUGCCUGCUCGGUGGCAGUGAGGGGCCGCGCGUCGCGGGGUGGGCUCAGCGUGGGCGCCUCCCCGGUGAACUCCUCGUCGAAGUUGCUGACAUCCGUGCGCCCCGAAAGCGUGGGCACGAAGGGUGGAGGCAGGCGCCGGGCCAGCAGGGCGUCCCAGCCCAGUGUCUGGGAAGCGGGAGAGGGAGGUCAGGAUGGGAGGCUCAGGGCUGGUGUGGGGAGAGGCCGGCCCUGGGUUUGUGGGGGUCAGUGCAAGGUAGAGGAUGGGGACGCUGGGGCUCAGGAACGAUCACUGGAGGUGCCGACGGUCGGCGGGGGCAAUGGGACUCACCCAGGACACUGCCCAUGAGGCCGGCCUGGAGGGACUGGACCUCCACAGGACAGUGGGGGGAGGGGAGGGGAAAUGGGAGCAUCCAGGGCAGGUGAGGACGUGGAGGGACGGACACGGCCUGAGGGCCACAGGCCUGUCGGGUGGGAAGGAUGGCCAGGCCCGGGGUCUCACCCUGAAGAAGGGCUGCUUCUUCACGUCUUCCGCGUCUCGCUCGCCGGACCCCAGCCUCCGCUCUGGAUUCCUCCGCAGCAACUGGGGGCAAAGCUGCGUCAGGGCCUGGCUCCUGCUGCGCCCCCGCCCCCUCCCCGGCCGACCCCACCCCGGGCAGUCCUCACCCUCCGCAUGAUGCCGAUGGCUUCAGCAGACAGGAAGCGGGGGUAGCGGACCUCAUCAUUGACGAUGCUGUCAAACACCUCCUCCUCGUCAUCCCCUGGGAAUGGGGACUGGGGACAGGGGCAGGCUGACCGAGGCCCCUCUUUGGGAUACCACCAGUCCCACCCGUACCCCUUGCUUUGGCGGGGCUGGCUUGUGCAGGGAUGAGCCUCCCACUUCACCAGGGAGGCAAAGCCACGCCCUCACACACGGCAGGUGGCAGCAGCAAGCUCCUGCCCGCCCGCGAAGGGCACACUGGUGACCCGGGCCUCACCUCACCGACCAGCAUCUCGUAGAGCAGCACGCCCAGCCCCCACCAGUCCACGGCCCGAGUGUAGGACGUGUCCGUCAGCACCUCGGGCGCCAGGAACUCCGGGGUCCCGCAGAACGUGCUGGUCCGGUCCCCGUAGCCCAUCCCUGGAGCAGCAAGGCCAGGUGAGCUCAGAAGGUGGAGCAGCCAGCACGGCCUGCCCCUCCUCGGUCAGAUCCCCAUCCCAGUCCCUCACCCUCUUUGCAGAGGCCGAAGUCCGCGAUCUUGACAUAGCCCUCGGUGUCCAGGAGCAAAUUGUCCAGCUUGAGGUCCCUGUGGGGUCAGAGGAUGUAAGGCGGGUGGGCUGUGGGGAGGGGCUCGGGGCUGUGCGGCGGGAGGUGCCCCCACACACCUGUACACGAUCUUAUGUUCAUGCAGAAACUGCAGCCCCAGGACCACGCAGGCCGAGUAGAAGCUGCGGGCAGAGCGGGCGGGUCAGGGAAGCCUGGCCCCGACCCGGAGGCCGGGAGGCAGGACCCCAGGGUGGAGGGGUGGCCAGGGGGUGGCGGCCCUCCGGGCUGCGGCUUGGGUCCUGGGCAGGGGCUCACACGGCUCGGGGCUCGGAGAACACGUCGCUGUGGAUGUGCAGCAUCAGGUCGCCGCCCGCUGAGUACUCCAUGACGAAGCACACGUGCUCCGGCGUCUGGAAACAGCCGAAGAGGUUCACCAGGAACGGGUGUCCCGCGCUGGUCACCGCCGCCAAGAUCCGCUUCUCACACAUCAGGCUGGGAGAAUAGGGGGGUGGGGCGGAGGUCAAGGGUCAUGGCAACCCCUGACCCCGACCCCCACGCUCCCCAGUGUCCUCCUCUACCACAGAUCUCACUGCACACUUUGGAUAAGUUGCUUACUCUCUCUGACCGUCAGCAGCCUCAUCUGCUAAGGAGAACCCAGCGUCCAUCUGUCAUCCCAGUAAUGCCCAUGACCUUCCUUUGGGGAACACAGGCCUGGCACAAGGCCCAGGUCAACUGGGGUGUUCCAACUCUUUGGCCAGGGAUUGGUUCAGAGACGGGCAAGUCUAAUCAAGGGGCCUGAUACCAGGAUUUCUACUGGGAUUAUUAAGGAACAAAGGCUAAAGCUGGUGGAUGAGUCUCAAGCUGUCCGAGUACAGAGGUAUCUUUGCCCUCUGGAGGGGAAUGCAAGCCAAGCCCGCACACAAGAACACAGAACUGAGAAACCUCAUCUAAGCACCUGGAUACAGCCAUGCCUGUAUCAGAAGGCACUCACCCCUGGACUUUUCUGGUCCAGAUCAAUAAAUUCCUGUUUGU